UUAUAACAAAUUUUUCUUUCAUUUCUCCGACGGUCGACGAGGCGUUCGUUCGAUCGUUUGGUCACGUCAUCUUUUUUAUCUUGUAAUGACUGAUUUUUGCGUCCCACAUGCUUAGGGGUAAUCGAAUUAAGAAGAAAUCCAAGAAUCCCCGCACUAGAAGAAAAUUUCGAGUGACCGCGGACGUAAAUGUGAACUAGAAAGUGUGUGAACGGAGUCGCGAGGUGUCUCGUCCGUCCGGUUCGAUCUGGAUUUUAGCAGUUUGAACCGCGAGUCGGACUUCCUUUUCCCCGUUAAUCAUUAAUUUUAAAGUUUGGUGGUGUAUUUAAAGACUUAUUUAUUUAUUAUUGUCCGUUAUUCGGAGUGUUUUAGUGGUGUAAUCCUUUUAUAAGUCGCGUAUCAAGAUGUCUGAAGAGUCGUCCGCCGAUCGUAAUGUCGAAAUAUGGAAGAUCAAGAAGCUCAUAAAGAGCUUGGAGAUGGCCAGGGGCAAUGGCACAUCCAUGAUAUCCCUCAUCAUCCCGCCCAAGGACCAGAUCUCACGCGUGUCCAAGAUGUUGGCCGACGAGUUCGGCACCGCGUCCAACAUCAAGUCGCGCGUCAACCGCCUGUCCGUGCUCGGCGCCAUCACGUCCGUACAGCACAGGCUCAAGCUCUACACUAAAGGUACACACCCAACAUGUCGGCCGACCAGUUUGGCACCGCGUCCAUCAUCAAGUCGCGCGUCAACCGCCUGUCCGUGCUCGGCGCCAUCACGUCCGUACAGCACAGGCUCAAGCUCUACACUAAAGUGCCUCCAAACGGCCUAGUGAUCUACUGCGGCACCAUCGUCACCGAAGAGGGCAAGGAGAAGAAAGUCAACAUUGACUUCGAGCCGUUCAAGCCCAUCAACACCUCGCUGUACCUGUGCGACAACAAAUUCCACACGGAGGCGCUCACGGCGCUGCUGGCUGAUGACAAUAAGUUCGGAUUCAUCGUCAUGGAUGGUAACGGCGCGCUGUUCGGUACACUGCAGGGCAACACUAGAGAGGUGCUUCACAAGUUCACGGUAGACCUACCGAAGAAGCACGGUCGCGGUGGUCAGUCUGCGCUGCGUUUCGCGCGUCUCCGUAUGGAGAAGCGACACAACUACGUGCGGAAGGUGGCCGAGGUGGCCACGCAGCUAUUCAUCAGCGCCGACCGCCCCAACGUGGCCGGCCUCAUCCUGGCCGGUUCUGCUGACUUCAAGACGGAGCUCAGUCAGUCCGACAUGUUUGAUCCUCGCCUGCAAGCCAAGAUCAUUAAGCUGGUGGACGUGUCGUACGGAGGAGAGAACGGUUUCAACCAGGCCAUCGAGCUGGCGGCCGAGUCGCUGCAGAACGUCAAGUUCAUUCAGGAAAAGAAACUCAUCGGACGGUACUUCGACGAGAUCUCCCAGGACACGGGCAAGUACUGCUUCGGUGUGGACGACACGCUGCGCGCGCUCGAGCUCGGCGCCGUCGAGACGCUCAUCUGCUGGGAGAACCUUGACAUACAGAGAUACGUCCUCAAGUCGCACGCAACCAACCAGGAGACCAUCUUGCAUCUUACGCCGGAGCAGGAGAAGGACAAGUCACACUUCACCGACAAAGAGAGCGGGGUGGAGCUGGAGCUGGUGGAGUGCCAGCCGCUGCUGGAGUGGCUCGCCAACAACUACAAGUCGUUCGGCGCCACGCUCGAGAUCAUCACCGACAAGAGCCAGGAGGGCAGCCAGUUCGUGCGCGGCUUCGGAGGCAUCGGCGGUCUCCUCCGCUACAAGGUCGACUUCCAAUCGAUGCAGCUCGACGACGAGGAGAUCGACAACAUCUAUGACAUCGACGACUACUAGACCGUCCAGAACACCAACGAGUCAACUGACUACUUUCAAACCUUAUUCUAGCGCAGCCAUACUCAAACUUAAUUUUAUUUUAACAGCAAUGUCUGUAAAAUCUAUCACAAAGUUUAGAAAUAAAUGAAAAAUGGAAAAAUUCACUGUCUCGGGCGAAGAGCGAAGUCUUGAUAGGUCAGUUCGCAGAGCGAUGGGCUAGUGAUUCAGAGUCACGAGUUCAAGUGAACUCAUUGUGAAGACAGUGAAUUUUUCAACUUUUCAUUUAUUUCUAGACUUCAUACUUAACCUUUUUGUAUUAGGGCCACAGACGGUUUUGUCUUGUAGCCCCGGGCCGCAAAAUAAAUUUGCUACAGAUGUAGUGCAUAAUUAUUUUACAUCGUAUUUUCACGGAAACGUACGAACGUGUCUAAAUUGCUAUUUCAAUCAGUCUCGGUACAAAAAGUACUGACAAAUAACGUUUCCGAGAAAAUACGAUGGAUAACAAUUACGCACUACAUCUGUACUUAUAUUACUUUUAUUAUAGGAUGCCAAGGUUAUGUAUCUAUACCGGGAUCACCUGGCUGACCACCUAAUGCCUGCGGGCUACAUGCGGCUCGCACGUCGAGUAUGACUCUACUAGCGUAAUAGUUUUGGUCAGUUGAUGUUAGUACAAUAGUUCCUCCGUCCACUGUGUGUAAAGUACGAUCAAGAUUCACUGCUACUCGUUCUUUACACAAUGAAGUUAAAAUAAUAAGUCCCAUGCUAGCUGAUAGAUGCGCCGUCUCUAUCGCUCAUUAGAACGCGUAAACAAAAGUAAGUAAUAUUAAUCGGCCGGUAAAACCAAUGUGUUGUAAACAUUUAACGUGUUCCUAGUCCAUUGUGCGCAUAUAAUAUAGCGCAGUUACCCUUUUUUUUCUUCCAAAACAGAAAUGUGAGUUGUAUUGAAAACUGGUCUUAAAAUUACGUAAUUUCAUUACGAAUAUCCACGUUGUUGAGACAUCCGUUAUCCCACAUAUUUGUGAUAGCGACACAUGUCUUUUCCACAUGAAUAAGUGAUGAAAAUGCGACUAUAAAGGGGACGGGGAACUAUUGUCAGGGCCAACUCCACUGCUUUGUUGAUUCCUCUUUCCUCCUAAGGUCUAUAUUUUAAAAGGUGAAGAGAAACACCAGUAAAUUCGAGGCACUACUUUGUCUUAUGACAUUAUACAUAAAAGUUUAGUUACUUACAGUAUGUAAGGCUUUAAAAUUAUUUAUAUAGACCUCAGGGGGUACUCAAAGUUAUAAGGGACUAUGAGACCAUAAAUUUGGCAUAUAUCUAGACGAUCAACGUGCUCAAAACACCAUUCAGUUUUCAUUAAUUAUUAUCUUUCGUCCAGAUAUAUUCGCUAUGAAAAUCUUAAGAAAAUGCACAAAUGAUACGGCACGUUAAUAUGUUUUCCAAAGCAUACUUUGUAUAAAUUCGUAUGAUAGGAUAAUAACACCAAUGAUAUAUGCGAACAGAGGACAUAUAUUGGAUAUAUGUAUAUGUAUGCUUUGGAAACUCAGGCCGAGCACUGUCAACAACCUUGUCGUUAUUCAACCUUAAUAGAUUUAAACCAUUUUAACUGCGCACCCCUUUCCGACCUACGGUCACAUCAUAAGUAUAUGCAACACGCAGCAAAAAUACCUACUAUGUUAGGUUUAUGUGUGCGUUACGUCUUUAGAUGUAGAUUGUAGGUUCAAUAAAGAGGAUCUCAGAUUGAAAAUGGUUUGUCUGUACGGUUAUAGUAAAUUGCUUGACUGAUUUUAUAUAACAGCGACAAGGUUGUGGGACUUAAUGUUUAAAUAUUAUGUAUUUAGUUAAUCCGAGUUUUAAAACGGUUUUUUUAUUUAAUAUAAGUCAGUGCGCUCGUUUUAAUAGUUAUCUGUUUAUAACUUGUGGGCUCUCUACACACCACCAGAAAAAUAUUGUCUUUGAUGUAUAAAAUUAUUUUAUCUCCAUGUAGACUUUGGAAACAAUAAUGUUUGAUGUAUACACAGGUAUAAUGCGACAUAAAAUAGUAGAAAUUAAAUAAAAUGGAGGUAAAAAAAUGUCCAUACUAAAUUGUUGGCAUGUUUAAGCAUUUUACGUCAAAAAUGUGACAGUUACGUAAGAAGUGGCGCCCUCAAUAAUUUUCUACAGUUUCUUGUCGGACUAUAGGAGUUGUACGUUUUUUCCGUAACUGUUUCAGCACUUUCAGCUAUAUUUGUGUAGACUUGAGAAAAAUAGUCAAGGACAAAGUAGAAUAACUAGUGUCGUCUAGCUAAUUUAGGGACCAUUGCAAUUGACACUUAGAAGCUGUCUCAAGUGUCUCAAGGAUAAACUAGCUAUUAUUGAAACUAAUUUCCGAAACAAUUAUUCAAGAUGAAAAAUCAGUUACGUAAAACUCAAUAAUUAAAGGUAUCUCUUUUGUAUGUUUCUAGAAGGUCCAAAUAUCUGACAACUAAUAGGAUUUUAUAUUUUGAUUGGAUAUAUUUACGGAUAAUAAAUUAUUUGGGUUACUUACUAGUUGCAAAACAUGUUUGUGCUGGACAAGUAUCUGUAUUUAAUUAAUUGUAAUUAUCAAAUUGUUAGGAUGUUAAAAAUUCAAGUAACUUGUUCUUUGUUUAACUUGUGGUUUUUAAAGGAGUAUGUACUCGUAUGUGUAUGAGUAGACACAUUGUUUCCUGUGCAAUUGAUUCGAUUUUUUUUUAAAUCUAAAAGCAAAAAAUAUAUGUUGCACAUUAUAUUUACCUAACAGUAUUGAGCAUUUCGUAUCCCAGGACACAAUAUACAUGUUUUUAAAAACAUUUCGUGAUGUAACUGUAAUGUUUGUUGUAACCGCUAUGAAAUACUUUAAAUAUCAAUGAAUAUAGAAUGAAAUAUUAGCAUAUGUCGAAUAUUAUAUCAUUCUGUGUGAACUAUAUGUGUUAUAACUAUAUACAAAACUAAACUUCAAGUGAGGUUUAAAGUUCCUCUUACCAAUUAGAUGUAACACUGCUAAUAUAGCUCUCAAUGAAAGUUGUAGUUGAUUUUUCAUGCGUUGGUCCGCUUUGCCUAUUCGCGUGAGCUUGCGCACUCGACGCCUUGUUUAUGUAUGUAUUCAAAUUACUAUAUAAUGUGCCUUAUCGAAAUAAAACGUGGAAAACUGA